AUGGGUUGCUACACCACAUUUGCUGCAUCAGUGACAGUUAUUGUACUACUAGCCGGCGGGGGGCUUUUGCGUACUUCCCUUGGAGAUAUUUGCGGCGACACUCCGGCGAAAGAUCAGGCGUCGUUCGCUGAUUAUGUAGAUGUCCUUCUUGGCAUUCUAGUCAAGGAAACGACAGCCCGGCUCCCGGAUCAGUUAACCUAUGACGCCACGGUUCCAGGAAGUAACUUUCCUGGUUCCGUUACAGGCACUGCCACUUGUUAUGAUCAAGGAGACAUAACUUACGAGGAUUGCAGCAAAUGUCUGUCUGAGUUGCUGCCGUAUUUGGAGGAAUGCGAAACGACGUCUUCUACCGGGGGAGCUUCCUUGGAAGGAAGGUGCAUGAUUCAAUUCCAUGAGAAUUUACAGUAG